UGAGCUGGUGGAGGAUGAGGAUGGAUCAGUGAGGAGGAGGCAGGACAGUCGCAUCCAGAUGCCCACAGACUAGAAGAGGGAGUAAAUAUGAAAUAAUAAAAAAAAUAUGACGACCUCGCAACGACUCCCGGGGAGAUGCCUCGCAUAUAUUAGCGGUUUCCCUCCAUUUCCGUUGCAUGACGACCUGCCAGGUGCUACAUGAGUCUCGGUGCACCUCAUGGAGCAGCGCGCCGUGUUGCGUCUCUGUGUGUCAACUCAGAGGAAAUGCCAUCUCACCUAAGUGAUCUUCCCUCUUUGCCCCUCGGAUGAUUUUUAACGCUCUUCAGCGGGUCGGAUCGCUUUUGCUUUGUUUUCCGCGGCCACUGAUUGAAUGGCUGUCAUGACUUGUGCCCUCAGGACUGCAAAGCCACGAAACCAAGAUGAAAAACCGCUCGCUCUUUGGCGUUCGUGCGUCCUUCCAACCUCUCAGUAAUUACAGCUGGUAAUUAGAGCGGGGGAUCACGGUGAAAACCUUCAGAUGAAACAAUGGAAAGACCCUCGUUGAGUCGGCACGAAGGACAAAAAUCUUUCCUGGCUGUGAAUUUAUUUAAACGUUGCUAUGGGGAAGAGUUUCGACUGAGUCACGGGGAGAUUUGAUAUCACAGACGAGAAGAGAGAGAGCCUGGAGGUGAAGACAUGGUCAUCACUGAUAGAAACAACGGCACCCCCGUACCUAAAAAGGAGCCCCAGAAGAAGACGAGGAGGAAGUCUCGCCCCCAUGGCCUGCCCUCUCCAGCGCUUUGCUGCGCCUGUGGCCUAUGCAUCAUGCUGGCUGGACUCAACAUCACCCUGGUGGGAGCGUUCGCCUUCAGCACACUGGUGCCUUCUGCCAACCCCCCGAUAAUCAUCGGACCUAUCCUACUGCUGGUGGCCUUUUCCUUUUUUGGGGCCUGUUGCGUGUGCAGCCGCCUCCCUCCACCCCACAGCUCUCGGAGGUCUAAGGUGGGUGGCAGGGGCUCAGGGUUGAUGGGACAUGGUGGGCUGGCCGGUGGGGCGGCGUUUGAAAUAGAGACCAGCGAGCACACACUACAGGAUACCACAGCUGUGCAACUCAGCCCCACAUCCUCCCCUGGAUCAUCCCAAGUGUCCAGUCCAGAAAAGGAGCCUCCUGAUGUGGCCCUACCAGGGCCCUGCAAGCUGUUCACCAUGGAGACCAAUGGCCCUUCAUCUGUUUCCGCCACCGCAGUCUACUCAGCCUCCACAGCAGCAGGAGGGGAGGUGAGGCUCAACCUGCCACGUGAAGAAGUGGUCACCUAGCAGCACAGAAACUCUUCCAAGGCCGAAGUGCUAGCAGUGUAAAUAUCGUCUGGGUUGAGGGCUUGCUGAGUGUGAUUGUGUCCUCUAGUUUACGUAGUGCCAUAUUUCUGGUCGUGACAAGUUGUCAAUGGUUAUGCUUUUGAUUUUCUUGCUGUGCAGCCAACUGGUAAUUAGCAUGCAAAGUUAAUGAAACAUCCAAGUAUUUGUGUAUUAGGUUUUGGAAUUCAAAUUCCUACCUCUCUUGUGCUGUUUUCCUACAGGUUUUUGUUCUUAACGUGGGGCAUUAUAAAGAGUUUUCAUAUAGAAAUCCAACAAAGUGUCUGGAAACCAUAAACAUUUAUCUUACACUGUUACUCUCAGCUGUCAGCAAUGAUUCGAGAGGGCUCGCCUGAAGAAUGUGAUUGUUGAUUUGUUCUUAAAACUUAAAAUAUUAGAUGUGAAAGGUCAUUAGUGAAUCGUGCAGGUACAUUUGUAGUGACAUUUGGCAUUUUGUGUGCCAUUUCUCAGUGUUGAACUUGUUUUGGGGGCAUAAAAUAUUAUAGGUCACAGCGGUCCCAAAGCAAUAUUCUCUCACUUGAGAUUAAAUUCUUUGGCAUUUUUACAAGGAAGUGAUUGCACACUACUAUUAUGUCUACAGCCAAUACGUUUGUAAUGGACAAUAAUGCAUAGAGAACAGUGUGUUACAGCAUAUUUGCGUUCAUCUGUGUACAUUGUUGGAUAGUGGAAGCAUUAUUUCUGCAGUUAACCAACAGUAACACUGUGAAUAUUACGUUUCUCACCACAUUCAUGAAGGUAAAAAGGUUUUAAGGUCACGUUCGUCAUAUUUUCAGUGAUUUAUGUACAGUUUAAUGCAGUAAAGGUCAUAAUCGAUGCGACUUAACCUCCCUGUAAGGCAAGGCGAUGAUUUUAUCAUCAUUACUGAAUUUCUGUUACUGUUUUAAACAUGUGAAUUUCACAGUACUGAAUUCUCAUUUUUAAUGUCUGCUAUCACACACUUUGACGUCAUAUUCAGCAGAAGUAAAACCUCCACUGGACCUAAUAUACACAACACGAACAAGCCAAGAAGUCUUACAGAGUUUAGAUAUUCAGAUUGCAUUAAAAAAAAGUUAAAAAAGAAAAAAAAAAGUAUCUGUUCCCCAUCACUGUGAUGUCUUCUUGUCAGUUAUGAACUUGACUGGUCAAAAGAGACAUUCAAACCCUGAUUUCCUUUGAAAGGAAAGUUGCCUUAGACUGAGAUAUCAGGAUCAAACUAAUGAGGGCUAUAAUAGAAGUGCACAAUAGCAUUUUUCUUCAGAAAGCCUUUGUUUGGCUCUGGAUUUCUAUCCCAUAUUUGGAACACAUCAACAAGUUUUUUGUGGAUGUAACAACAGCAUGCAAAUGGCUUAAAUGUUUCAUCUCAGAAGUUUCUAUGGAGUAGCAGGAGUGUGAAGACCUGCAUACAGUGACCACAAUGUUCCCUUAUACAGUAUUAACCUUCAUUAUUAGUGAUACAGCUCCUCAAAGGGACCAGUUUUUUCUGUCAAAGCUCUUUCUUGUGCUGAUCUUAUUUCUGCAUGUUCAGAGAACUGACUCGUGGAAAUGCAAACACCCUGUUGUGAAAAGUAUUUUGGUGUUAAUCUGUGUAUUCGAAUUUGUGUAGCACAAAUCUGGAAAAAGGAUAGAAUAUUUUUGUGAAGAUUAUAAUUUGUUUAUUUUAAAAGUAACUGAUCCGAAUGUGAAUUCUUCAGGAGAUAUAAAUAAAAAGGCUCUUUCAGUAGAACAUGAGGUUGCUCAUUAUGUAUGCGUGGCAUGACACCAUGUUCCUGCAACAUUGCAUUUUGUGUCAUCAUGAAGUGAAAUGAAUAAAAAUGGCCAACUGGAUUCGUUACAUAUUAACUUUUCUAAAGAGUUCAGUGUGAUCUUUGAGGAUAACAGUCCUUAUAGGCAUUGUUUAUCCCAGAGGGAGUCUAUAAAGACUCAACAUGAAACAUAAAUAUUUCCCCAGAUGUGUCAUGAAGAAGGUUUUAACCUAAAGACUUUACACUUCAGUCUAUCUUUCAAUGC